AAAGUUGAUCCUGAUGCUAAGGACAAGAAUGGAUGGACGCCGCUAAUAUGGGCGAUACAAAACGGACAUGAAGCGGUGGUCAAGCAGCUACUUGAUAUAGGCAAAGCUGAUCCUGAUGCUAAGGACGAGAAUGGAUGGGCGCCGCUUUUCUGGGCGGCACAGAAAGGACACCAAGCUAUAGCCAAGCAGCUGCUCGAUACAGGCAAAGUCGAUCCUAAUGCUAAGGACAAGAAUGGAUUAACGCUGCUGUUGUUAGCGGCACAGGAUGGACACGAGGCGAUGGUUAAACAGCUGCUUGACAUAGGCAAAGUCGAUCCUAAUGCUAAGGACAAGAAUGGAUGGACGCCACUAUUAUAG